AUGGAAGACCAGAACGACUCGAUGAGCGGCUUCAUGAAGCUGGAGACUUGCCGAGGCAAUUCACAUGAAGAUUGUUUCAUGCCUGAUUGGAUGAUGAACGUCAUGAUGGAAGACUCCCAAUGGCUCGAUUCAUACCAGCGGAGCGCGAUGAAGAAGAGCAUGAGCUUGUCAGGGGAAUGUAAGAUUGAGGUGGUGCAGGAAGAAAACUCUGAUACGGGUGAUGCCGACCCCGUGAGUGUUGAUAGCAGGCUAGCAGCUUCUCAAGGGCAGGGUGCGUUUGCUCUGCCUGCUGGAGAGUUUGCAAACUGGAGCAAACUGGAAAGCAAUGUGACAGCAGCAACGAGCCGUUUGCUCACUGAGGCGAAAUAUGUCCCACCUCCCGACAGAGCAUGUAACAAGCGCAAAUUGCUGCGGAUGGAGAGCGAUGAUGUGAAAGAUGGACCGGUGGACAUGGAGUAA